GACAGUGUGGCAAAGGCUCUACUGCUGAGUCCCAGUGGCUUCCUGCAGUUCUUCACCCUCCCUGGGCCUCAGUCUAUACAUCUCUGGGUAAGGACAUGCUUCCUUCUGUGACACAGUGACUCACAUUAGGGCCUCUGGGUUCUCUACAUUGCUAGGAGGGGCAUGAGUUAAGGUUGUCUACUGCUGUAUCGUAAAGAACAGACUGAAACAACAAACCUUUAUUAUCUCUUAGUUUCCAAAGGUCAGGAUGCAGGCACAGCCUAGCAGGUGGUUCUGGCUCAAGUUCCCUCACACGGUUGUGGUCAGAAUGUCAGCAGGGGCUGCAGCAUCAUCCAAAGGCCCAACAGAGGCUGGGGAAGCCACUUCCAAGAUGGCUCCCUCACACAGCUACAGGCAGGAGGCCUCUGUUCCUCACCUCAUGGCCUCUCCACGGGGCUGCUUGAGUGCCCGGAAAGCAUGGCAGCUGCUUCCCCACAUGUGUGACCUAAGUGUGCAAGGAGGAAGCUGCAGUGCCUUUUAGGGCCCAAUCUUGAAGUCCAGCACCCCUCCUUCCAGCAUAUUCUGUUCAUUAGCAGUGAGGCGGUAAGCUCAGCUGUGUUCAAGUGGAGAGAAUGAGGCUCCACCUCUUGAAGGGAGGAGUGUUAAAGAAUGUGUGGCCGUAUUUUAAAACCAUCACAGAGAUUGACAAUUGGACAAUCUCCUUCCAAAGUCAAACGCAGGUGCCCUUUGACGCAGCUAGGCCCACAGCGUUUGGAGCACAGGCUGUCGCCAUGUGGUGAGCACUGCUGUAUUGUUUCUAAGGGCCGAAUGCAGGCAGCAGCCCCGUGUCCAUCCAGACAGGUCUGGGUGCUCUGCAGCCUGGAUGCGAGGACGAGUGGACAGAGAGUGAGAAACCUCUUCACGGAAUGUUGUGGAAUUAUCUACAGGAUAUGUUGUUACAUGAAAAAAAGUCAGGUGCAGAACAGUGAGCGUAGCCGACGAUCUUCCGUCCAAGGAAGGAGGAAAGGCAGUGUGUGUUCCUGUGUGCUGCUAUUUGCAUCCAGGGACUCUGGGAGGAAACACCAGAAGCUCCUCUAGUCUCCCCAGCGGGACUGGGGAGGGAUCCUGGCAGGGAUGGGAGGGGCAGCGUUCUCACUGCAACUCGUAAUAAUCUGGAGCUUCGGAGCCACAUGUACACACAAUCUAUGCAUACAUAAAGACCCAACAAAAAGAGAUGUAAGAUAGCCGUCAAAGCUGCAGCUGAGGCAGCCAGGUGACCCCUAAACCCUUCAGGGUCCCCCGGGCCAGCUGAGCUGCCCGCUGGCCUCUGAGAGGAGCUCGCCCAUCUCCCGGUGGCUCUUGGUGGCUUCCCGGUGCCCUGAGGCCACAGCCGGCUCUGCCCGGGAGCCGCUCCCUCCCACCUGGCUCCUCCUGGGGCUCUUGGUCCAGAGCCAUGCACCACAUCGGCCCUGACAUGCUUUCCAUUUUCUUUGCAGCCAAGAAAUUCUCAUUCCUCAGGAAGUUGUGCGGCGACCCAGCUGAGGGGCCCCCGACUCCCCAGGUAUGUACAGGCAGCAGCCUGCGCCGAGGCUGGCCACAGAUGCUCUGGUCUUGAUGGUCCUGAGGCCCCCUCCACCCCCACCCGCCCGGCCUUCCUCUCCCUCUCAGGACAGUAAUCGGGCCUGCCUACUGCCUCCCGAGAGCCGACUCCUGGGGCCCGCCGGGCAGGGCUUCCAGCCACAGCUCUGAGCCAGCAGGCGGGCGUGUCACCUGAUGUUCCUCAUGGCAGCCGCUGAGCCAGCAGGCCUCUCUCCUUCCCUUGAUAAAUUAGACCAGCUCCUUCCCUUGACAAAGCCCCUGGGCACAGCUGUGUUCUCAACACUCCUCCCCACCAUCCAGGACUCAGUGAAGGCCACCUCCUCCAGGAGGCCUUUCUGAUGCUCCAUCUAGGCUGAGGUCCCCACUCUGAGCCCCCUCCUCCUCCAUCACCUCCUGGAGGACUCUGGCCAUGGGUAGGGGGGUCUCACAUGUGGGACUGGGCUUCAUGUGGGGCCUGGCUGUUGCUGUUCCUACCCCCACCCCUGCAGCCUGGCCCCAGUGGGUGUCUGGGCCGUGUGGGACACGGCUAAGCCCAGUGCAGGGCAGGAGAUGUGCAGGGCUAGGAGCCAGCCCUCCCAGGAGGACCUCGCCUACACUGGCUGAGGCCUUGAGCGGCUUCCCCACCUCUCUGUGCCUGGAUUCCUCACCCAUAAAUUUAGGGUGGCAAUCACAGAUCACCUCUGAGCCACCGUGAGCACAAGGGAGGCAGUUCAGGAAAGUGCUCAGACGCCCAGCAUAUUCACUCAACAAACCUCACCUGUGAAUCCUGGCCCCAAGGACUCCCAGGCCUUUGCCCCCUGGCAGUGGAUCCCAGAAGAGGGAAAGGGACCCUCCUCCCGGGGUCAUGGGACAGGAGGUACCUCAGUGGUGGGGGCAGAGGAGGAAGGGGCACCCGGGCCCCCCAGCUGGCAUGACUCUUUUUGGUGCUGUGAUGUGGAGUUUGCAGGCUGGGACCUCGCCCACCCUGGAGACCUUGGCCCAAAUUGGGCAGGACCCUCCUCCCCGGUGCAGGCAGUCCCUGGGCACAGCAGGAAGAGCCAGCCGGAAGUACAGGUACCAACCUCGUGCUGGGGACAGAGGGCCUGCCAGCCUCUGCGUUAGGAGUCCCCAGGCGGCUGUAGUGCGGGAACUCCGGGAGGGGCAUGAGACACCACCAGCUCAGGCCAGUGGGAGGGUCCUGUGACCUCAGGAGGCAGCCCCCCACUCCACAGAGGCAGCAGGGUCUCUGAGAGCGCUCCAGGCCUGAGGUCUGUCCCUUCAGCUCCCAGCUGCUCUGCUGCUGGCUGUGUGACCCUGGCCAAGUCAUCCGCCUCUCUGGGCCUGCCAUGAGGACCCAGGGGUCAGUGGCAAGGACGAUGCCUGCAAGGGCUGAGCCCUGCCUCACUCUGCUGUGUAAAGGACGCCUGGUCCCUGCUGGGCAGGUCAGAAGGGGCCCCCACACCUAGCGGCCUGCGCACCUGGUGGCCACAGCCCAUGGCUCGGGUCUGAGUCCUGUCCGCACAGAGGACAGUCCCGUAUGUCAUGACAUGAGAACAGACAUGAUCAGUGUGAAGCCAGCCCUGGGUGAGCAAGGGGCCAGGCUCCUCUGGGCAAGCGGUUCCUGCUACAUCUGGCAUGUGCCAGAAUGGGAGCCCGCACCAUCCGGAGGCUGGGGGCUUCCUGGAGCAGGAUCUGGAGGUUACCCUGUAAGGCCUGGUGGCAGGGAGACCCUGGCUGAUGGCAGGAUCUGGAGGUUACCCUGUAGGGCCUGGUGGCAGGGAGACCCUGGCUGACGGCAGGAUCUGGAGGUUACCCUGUAAGGCCUGGUGGCAGGGAGACCCUGGCUGACGGCAGGGGAGGCCCCGCUUGGAACCAGCCGCCCAGGCCCUGAGAGGUUCAGGUUGAGCCUCUGCUGCCUCAGUCCCCUAUGUCCUGCAACGCAGCCUCCUGCCUCAAGGCCCUCCCCAUGGCAGGUAUAAGCAUCCACCUGGGCCCUCCUGGACGCUGCCAGGACCCUGCUCUGGGGCAGUUCCUGCAGGCUGAGAGCUUGUGCCCCACACAGGUGCCUGUCCUCUCCACAGCCUGGCCAAGGACUGCUCUGAGGCUGUAAGCGGCCUUCUCACACCCCAGAAAGUUCCCCCUCCCUCCCCCCUCCACUCAAUCUCUGCGCUCCACCGCCCCUCUUCUCCCUGAGACAGGGAAGGGUCCCUGUUCCAUCUGGCGGGAUGCCCUCUCCCUUCCUGCUUCUAGGUAGGGGCUGAGCCGAGCAUCCCUUCUAAGCGUGGAGCUUCUGUGAUGGCUGCACGCAGCCUCUUCUGCUUCUGGCCCGGCCACACCCGCAUGGAGAGCCUAGAAGCUCCCUGUCUAGGCGAGGGCCACCCAGCCCCUCUGCCCCACUCACCCCUGACCUUUCCUUCCAGGCUCCACUCAGGACCAUGAGCGCAGGCUUCCCUGGGGCCCAUCGAGGGCUGAGGAUGGCCGUCCAGCCCACUCCCCGGGGCCCCCCUCGGACAGCUGCGUCGUCCUAGCGCCAGGACGGAGGGGCCAUGCCUGGGGAGCGCCCCCGAGGAGCGCCGCCCCCCACCAUGACUGGAGACCUGCAGCCCCGCCAAGUUGCCAGCAGCCCGGGGCACCCCUCCCAGCCCCCACUGGAGGACAACACCCCAGCUACCAGGACCACCAAGGGUGCCAGGGAGGCUGGCGGCCGGGCCCAGGCCAUGGAGCUCCCCGAGGCCCAGCCAAGGCAGGCCAGGGACGGGGAGCUCAAGCCCCCACCCCUGAGAGGCCAGGCCCCAAGCAGCACCCCUGGGAAGAGGGGCAGCCCCCAGACCCCACCGGGUAGAAGCCCCUUGCAGGCUCCCUCAAGGCUGGCGGGCAGGGCAGAGGGCAGCCCCCCACAGCGCUACAUUCUGGGCAUCGCCAGCUCCAGGACCAAGCCCACCCUGGACGAGACACCAGAGAACCCACAGCUGGAGGCUGCCCAGCUCCCUGAGGCGGACACCCCCCAGGGCCCUGGGACUGGAGCUCCACUCAGGCCGGGCCUCCCAAGGACUGAGGCCCAACCCGCCGCCGAAGAGCUUGGCUUCCACAGGUGCUUCCAGGAGCCACCCUCCAGCUUUACCUCCACCAACUAUACCUCACCAAGCGCCACCCCCAGACCCCCAGCCCCGGGGCCCCCCCAGAGCAGGGGCACCAGCCCCCUCCAGCCCGGUUCCUAUCCCGAAUUCCAGGCCAGUGGGGCCGACUCCUGGCCUCCCGCUGCUGAGAAUAGCUUCCCAGGUGCUAAUUUCGGGGUUCCCCCCGCCGAGCCGGAACCUAUUCCCAAAGGCAGCAGGCCCGGCGGCAGCCCCAGGGGAGUUUCCUUCCAGUUCCCCUUCCCGGCACUGCAUGGGGCCAGCACAAAACCCUUCCCUGCGGAUGUGGCUGGGCACGCGUUCACCGAUGGGCCACUGGUGUUUGCCUUCCAUCAGCCCCAGGGAGCGUGGCCGGAGGAGGCCGUGGGCACGGGCCCUGCCUACCCGCUGCCCACCCAGCCUGCGCCCUCACCCCUGCCCUGCUACCAGGGCCAGCCAGGUGGCCUGAACCCCCACAGCGACCUCAGUGGUGCCCUCUCUCCCCCUGGAGCUGCUCACUCGGCCCCGAGACCCUUCUCUGACAGUUUACACAAGAGCCUGACCAAAAUCCUUCCCGAAAGACCACCUUCAGCCCAGGAUGGGCUGGGGAGCACGAGAGGGCCCCCUAGCUCCCUACCCCAGAGGCACUUUCCAGGGCAGGCGUACAGAGCCAGUGGGGUGGACACCAGCCCGGGGCCUCCGGACACCGAGCUGGCCGCCCCAGGGCCCCCACCCGCCAGGCUGCCCCAGCUGUGGGACCCCACAGCAGCCCCUUACCCCACACCUCCUGGGGGCCCCCUGGCUGCCACCAGGAGUAUGUUCUUUAACGGCCAGCCCAGCCCAGGCCAGCGGGUCUGCCUCCCCCAGAGUGCCCCCCUGCCUUGGCCCCAGGUGCUCCGGACCACCCGGCCAAGUCCCCACGGAAUGGAGAUGCUGAGCCGGCUGCCUUUCCCCGCGGGGGCCUCCGAGUGGCAGGGGGGCAGCCAAGGAGCCCUGGGCACUGCUGGCAAGACACCGGGACCCAGAGAGAAGCUGCCAGCCGUGAGAAGCAGCCAGGGCAGCUCCCCAGCACUGUUCACCUACAACGGAAUGACAGACCCAGGGGCUCAGCCCCUGUUCUUUGGGGUGGCCCAGCCCCAGGUUUCACCCCACGGGACACCCAGCCUGCCCCCACCGAGGGUAGUGGGAGCCUCCCCCAGCGAGUCCCCACUGCCGUCACCGGCCACCAACACGGCCGGCAGCACCUGCUCUUCUCUGUCGCCGAUGUCCAGCAGCCCAGCCAACCCCAGCUCAGAGGAAAGCCAGCUCCCCGGCCCCCUCGGGCCCUCGGCCUUCUUCCACCCACGCACUCACCCCCAGGAGACGGGCAGCCCCUUCCCGUCCCCGGAGCCCCCCCACUCCCUCCCCACCCACUACCAGCCAGAGCCAGCCAAGGCCUUUCCUUUUCCCGCAGAUGGGCUGGGAGCCGAGGGUGCCUUCCAGUGCCUGGAGGAGACCCCAUUCCCCCGCGAGGGCCCCGAGGUGGGUCGGGGAGGGCUGCAGGGCUUCCCGCGUGCACCGCCCCCGUACCCCACACACCACUUCUCCCUCAGCAGCGCCAGCCUGGACCAGCUGGACGUGCUGCUGACCUGCAGGCAGUGUGACCGCAACUACAGCAGCCUGGCGGCCUUCCUGGCCCACCGGCAGUUCUGUGGCCUGCUCCUGGCCAGGGCCAAGGAUGGCCACCAGCGGUCUCCAGGCCCCCCUGGGCUCCCCUCGCCCACCGCUGCCCCCAAAGUCCCUGCCGACGCACACGCGGGCUUGCUCAGCCACACGAAGACCUUCCUGUUAGCUGGGGACGCCCAGGCCGAGGGCAAAGACGACCCCCUGAGGACAGGCUUCUUGCCCAGCCUGGCCGCCACCCCCUUCCCGCUCCCUGCCUCGGACCUGGACAUGGAGGAUGAGGCCAAGCUAGACAGCCUUAUCACAGAGGCGCUCAACGGCAUGGAGUACCAGUCGGACAACCCCGAGAUCGACAGCAGCUUCAUCGACGUCUUCGCGGACGAGGAGCCUUCCGGCCCCAGAGGUCCCAGCUCCGCACAGCCGCUUAAGACCAAGGCGGGGGUGACUCCAGAGAACAAAGCUCCGCCCGCGCUCCCAGCAGCCACGCCGGACCCCCAAACCCCCCGCCCUGGGGACAGGGGCUGCCCAGCCCGAGGCAGGCCCAAAACGCGUUCCCUGGGUCUGGCCCCCACCGAGGCGGAUGCGCCCAGCCAGGGCAGGCAGCAGAGGAGGGGGAAGCAGUUGAAGCUGUUCCGGAAGGAUCUGGACACGGGCGGCGCAGCAGAGGGGUCGGGGUCGGGCGGCGGCGGCAGAGCCUCCGGCCUGAGGCCCCGGAGGAAGGACGGUCUCGGGGAGCGGCCCCCACCCCGUCCCCGGCGCCCUAGAACUCAGGCCCCCGAGAGCCGCGCAGACCCCGCGCCCCGGGUCCCGAGAGCCGCCGCCCUCCCCGAGGAGACCCGCAGCUCCCAGCGCCGCCGGCUGCCCCCCAGGAAGGACCCCAGGAAGAGGAAGGCUCGGGGCGGCGCCUGGGGCAAGGAGCUCAUCCUGAAAAUCGUGCAGCAGAAGAACAGGCGCUACCGGCGGCUGGGGCGGCGGGCGGGCAGGUGCGGCUCCCUGGCGGCGGGGAGGCCCCAGCCCCGAGCUGAGGACCGCAGGCUCCGCGAGUACGACUUCGCCUCGGAGUCCGAGGAGGACGAGCAGCCUCCGCAGCGGGGCCCCGGCUUCAGAGGCCGGCGGGGCCGAGGCGAGAAGAGGAAGGAAGUGGACUUGACCCAGGGUCCCAGAGAGGAUGAGCAACAGAAACCCCGGAAGGCAGUGAGGCAGGAAGCCGGCGGGGACGGAGCCCCCGCGCACCCCGAGGAGCCGGGCAGGUCUCGCCCGGGCCCCGGCAGGAGCCCUCAGGCCCGUGGCCCAUCUCGAAGCCUGGAGACGGGAGCAGCCGCCAGGGAGGGAGGCCCCAAGUGUGCUGAUCGCCCCUCAGUGGCCCCCAAGGAUCCCCUGCAGGUCCCCACCAACACCGAGACCUCAGAGGAAACCCGCCCGUCGCUGGACUUCCCCCAGGAGGCCAAGGAGCCUGAAACUGCCGAAGAGUCAGCCCCGGACAGCACAGAAUUCACAGAGGCUUUGCGUUCUCCUCCAGCCGCCUGUGCGGGAGAAAUGGGAGCAAGCCCCGGUCUCCUGAUACCAGAGCAGCCGCAGCCCAGCAGACAUGACACCGGCACCCCCAAGCUAUCGGGAAGCCUCGCCAACACGGCGCCCCACGGAAGCUCACCAACGCCAGGUGUGGGCAGCCUGCUGGGUGGUCCUGGGGGCACACAGGCCCCGGUCUCCCACAACAGCGAGGACCCCCCUGCCCGCCAGCCUGGAGAAUUUCAGGCACCCGUGGCUAACCCCUCAAGUACCGCCUGCCCCAAACCCAGUGUUCUGUCCUCAAAGAUCUCUAGUUUUGGCUGUGACCCUGCUGGUUUUAACGGAGACCCCUUGGGGGUUCCAGUUGCCAAAAAGGGGCCUCAGCCCUACAGCAGCCCCCACAGUGAGUUGUUCCUCGGACCCAAAGACCUGGCUGGCUGUUUCCUGGAAGAACUGCACCCCAAGCCCUCAGCCAGGGAUGCCCCGCCGGCCAGCAGCUCCUGCCUUUGCCAGGACGGCGAGGAUGCCGGUUCCCUCGAGCCACAGCUGCCGAGGAGCUCACCUGGCACCGCUGAGACGGAGCCAGGCAGAGCGGCAUCGCCACUGACCUUGGAGUCCACAUCCCUCUUCCCAGACCUGCCGGUGGACAGAUUCGACCCACCCCUCUAUGGCAGCCUGUCUGCGAACAGGGACUCCGGUCUGCCGUUCGCAUGUGCCGACCCUCCCCAGAAGACGGUGCCGUCAGAUCCACCGUACCCCUCUUUUUUGCUGCUUGAGGAAGUAUCCCCGAUGCUGCCUAGCCAUUUUCCUGAUCUCUCGGGGGGAAAGGUGCUCAGUAAGACAUGUCCCCCUGAACGGACAGUGGCUCCCGGCGCCGCCCCGUCUUUGCCUGGGAAGGGGAGUGGAUGUAGCAUUGCUCUUAUGAGUCACCUAUCCGAGGAUGAACUGGAGAUCCAGAAAUUGGUCACCGAAUUAGAAAGUCAGCUGCAAAGGAGCAAAGACACACAUGGGGUCCCGAGAGAGCUUGGAGAAGCUGAGUCGGUGGGCAGGGUGGAGCUGGGCCCAGGCACAGAGCCACCCUCCCAACGGCGCACCUGUCAGGCCACUGUGCCCCACAAGGACACGUUCUCGGCAGCUGACCUCACGCGCGUUGGAGAAUCCACUGCACAUCGGGAGGGUGCGGAAUCGGCUGUGGCCACCGUGGAAGGGGUUCAGGGGAGGUCUGGGGGGACGUGGCCCUGCCCAGCCUCCUUCCAUCCGGGAGACGCAGCCCUUCUCCCCUGUGCCCAGGAAGACCUGGUUUCUGGGGCUCCUUUCAGCCCCAGGGGAGCCAACUUCCAUUUUCAGCCAGUGCAGAAAGCCGGAGCCUCCAAGACUGGACUUUGCCAGGCAGAAGGAGACAGCAGGCCCCCCCAAGAUGUCUGCCUGCGUGAGCCCAGCAAGCAGCCUGGGCCACAGCUGGAUGCCGGGAGUUUAGCAAAGUGCAGCCCCGACCAGGAACUUUCAUUUCCUAAGAAUAAGGAGGCCGCCAGCUCACAAGAAAGUGAAGACUCCCUGCGGCUGCUUCCCUGUGAACAGACAGGAGGGUUCCUCCCAGAACCCAGCACAGCAGACCAGCCCCACCGAGAGGCCCCUGCUCCAGAAGCUUUUGGCAGCCCUGCUGUCCAUCUGGCCCCUGACUUGGCAUUUCAGGGUGACGGGGCUCCACCUCUGGAUGCCACCUGGCCUUUUGGUGCCAGUCCCAGCCAUGCUGCCCAGGGACAUUCUGCAGGCAGAGCAGGUGGGCACCUCCACCCCACGGCAGGGAGGCCUGGCUUUGAGGGUAAUGAGUUUGCACCGGCGGGGGCCUCCUCACUGACUGCCCCCCAGGGCAGGGAGGCUUCGUUGGUCCCUGUGCCAAGUCCCGCCUGUGUGUCUAACACCCACCCCAGCAGGAGGUCCCAGGACCCAGCUUUGAGCCCCCCUAUACGUCAGCUCCAGCUCCCAGGGCCUGGAGUGGCUAAGAGUAAAGAUGGCGUCCUGGGCUUGCAGGAGCUGACACCUGCUGCCCAGAGCCCUCCACGAGUGAACCCCUCAGGUCUGGAAGGGGGCACUGUGGAAGGAGGGAAGGUGGCCUGUGGCCCCGCCCAGGGCUCCCCAGGGGGUGUGCAGGUGACAACUCUCCCUGCAGUGGCCGGACAUCAGCUGGGGCUGGAGGCAGAUGGACAUUGGGGCUUGCUUGGCCAAGCCGAGAAAACCCAGGGCCAAGGCACAGCCAACCAGCUUCAGCCAGAGAACGGGGUGAGCCCAGGGGGCACGGACAACCACGCCUCAGUCAAUGCCAGUCCCAAAACAGCGCUGGCCGGCCCCACCGAGGGUGCAGUCCUGCUAGAGAAAUGCAAGGGAAGCAGGGCAGCCAUGAGCCUUCAGGAGGAGGCCCAGCCCACCCCAAGCCCCCCGUCCCCUAAUAGGGAGUCGCUGGCGCUAGCCUUGACAGCAGCCCACACCCGAAGUGGAUCUGAGGGCCGGACUCCAGAGAGGGCGACCAGCCCCAGCCUGAACAAGCCACUGCUGGCCACAGCGGAUAGCCCAGCACCCUCUGUCGGGGACCUGGCCGCCUGCGCCCCCUCACCCACUUCAGCCGCCCACAUGCCCUGCAGCCUUGGGCCCCUGCCCCGUGAAGACCCACUUACCUCGCCUUCCAGUGCCACCAGGGUCCAAGGUGGGCUGGGGGGGCAGCUGCCAGCAUCUCCAUCCUGCAAGGACCCUCCCGGCCCCCAGCACCUGCUGGCCUGUUCUCCUGCCUGGGCACCUCUGGAAGAGGCAGAUGGUGUCCGAGCCACGACAGAUACUGGGGCUGAGGAUUCCCCGGUGGCUCCCCCGUCUUUGACAACAAGCCCCUGCGAUCCCAAGGAAGCCCUGGCUGGUUGCCUUCUCCAGGGGGAGGGCAGCCCCCUGGAAGACCCUUCCUCCUGGCAUCCUGGCUCCGUCAGUGCUGUAACCUGCACUCACAGUGGGGACACCCCCAAAGACAGCACUUUAAGAAUUCCAGAGGAUUCCAGAAAAGAGAAGCUGUGGGAGUCUCCUGGCCGAGCCACCUCUCCUCCUCUGGCAGGGGCCGUCUCCCCCAGCGUGGCCGUCAGGGCUGCUGGCCUGUCCAGCACUCCCACCGGAGAUGAGGUACAGGCAGGCAGGGGACUCCCAGGGCCAGACCCCCAGAGCAGGGGAGCCCCGCCCCACACCAACCCUGACAGGAUGCCCAGGGGCCACUCCUCGUAUUCUCCAAGCAAUACUGCCCGCCUCGGCCACAGGGAGGGCCAGGCUGUCACAGCUGUGCCCACUGAGCCUCCCACGCUACAGGGUGCAGGGCCGGACUCCCCCGCCUGCAUGGAAGGUGAGAUGGGGACCAGCAGCAAGGAGCCGGAGGACCCAGGGACCCCUGAGACCAGGCGCUCUGGUGUUACCAAGAUGCCCAGCGUCACCUGCCCUUCCACAGGACUGUGCUUGGGAAGAACCACAGCUCCAAGCAGCACAGCCAGUGACUUCCAGUCUGACUCCCCACAAAGCCACAGAAAUGCCUCCCACCAGACUCCCCAGGGGGACCCCCUCGGCCCCCAAGACCUCAAACAGAGGUUCCGUGGCUAUAAAAAGAAGCCUGCAUCUACAGAGAACGGCCAGUGGAAGGGCCAAGCUCCACAUGGGCCUGUGACCUGUGAGGUCUGCGCAGCCUCCUUCCGCUCCGGGCCGGGCCUGAGCCGGCACAAGGCCAGGAAGCACCGGCCACACCCGGGAGCCCCCGCGGAGCCGAGCCCAGCGGCCUUGCCUGCUCAGCAGCCUCUAGAGCCCCUAGCCCAAAAGUGCCAGCCGCCCAGGAAGAAAAGCCACAAGGUGUCUGGGAAGGAGAGACCAAAUUACUCACGGGGAGACCCCAGCCACGUCACCCAGCCACCGCCUGCCCAGGGCUCAAAGGAGGUUCUCAGAGCACCGGGGUCCCCACACAGCCAGCAGCUGCACCCUCCAAGCCCUACUGAGCAUGAGGUAGAUGUGAAGACUCCGGCCUCCAAGCCCAGACCAGACCAGGCCAGGGAAGAUGAGCUGCAUCCCAAACAGGCAGAAAAAAGAGAAGGCCGGAGGUGGUGCCGAGAGCCCACCGUGGACUCUCCUAGCCACUCAGAGGGGAAGUCAAAUAAGAAAAGGGGAAAGCCAAGAGGGAGAAGGCUCCGGGAGGAGAGCGCUCUUCCAGUCUCUCCUGAUGUGAUUUCAGAUGGGCGCGGCUCCAGACCAUCCCCUGCAAUGGCCAGUUACGCAGCCUCUCCGAGCCACUGCCUCUCUGUGGAAGGAGGGCCUGAGGCUGACGGGGAGCAGCCGCCUCGCUUGGCCACUCUGGGACUUGGGGUGAUGGAGGGUGCAGCGGAGACUGACCAGGAGGCUCUGUGUGCAGGGGAGACUGGGGCCCAGAAGCCACCUGGAGAUCGGAUGCUGUGUCCAGGGAGGAUGGACGGUGCAGCUCUGGGGGAACAGCCAGCUGGGCAGAAGGGAGCCUCGGCAAGGGGGUUCUGGGGACCAAGAGAGACCAAGGCGUUGGGUGUGUGCAAAGAGUCUGGGAGCGAGCCUGCAGAGGACAGCAGCAGGGCCCACAGCCGAUCAGAGGAAGGUGUCUGGGAGGAGAACACGCCCCACUUGGGCCCCCUGGGUUUUCCCGAGACUUCCAGCUCUCCGGCGGACAGCACCACCAGCAGCUGCCUCCAGGGCCUCCCGGACAACCCAGACCCCCAGGGCGGAGUCCAGGGGCCUGAGGGCCCCACUCCUGAUGCCUCCGGCUCCAGUGCCAAGGACCCUCCAAGCUUGUUUGAUGAUGAGGUCUCUUUCUCCCAGCUCUUCCCUCCAGGCGGCCGCUUGACUAGAAAGAGGAACCCCCGUGUCUACGGGAAGCGCUGUGAGAAGCCGGUGCGCCCGCUGCCAACCCAGCCCAGCUUUGAGGAGGGCGGUGGCCCCACGCUGGGCCCAGCCCGCCUGCCCACAGACCUCAGCGACUCCAGCUCCCUCUGCCUCUGCCAUGAGGACCCGUGGGAGGACGAGGAUCCCGCAGGUCUGCCCGAGUCCUUCCUCCUGGAUGGGUUCCUCAAUAGCAGGGUGCCUGGCAUUGACCCCUGGGCCCCCGGCCUCAGCCUAUGGGCCCUGGAGCCCAGCAGGGAAGCCGGUGCAGAGAAGCUGCCCUCCCACUGCCCCGAGGACGAUCGGCCCGAGGCCAUUCCUGAGCUGCACAUGGUCCCAGCGGCUUGGCGAGGCCUGGAGCUGCCGGCCCCUGCCGAUGACUCCUCCUCUUCUCUCGGAGAUGUGAGCCCCGAGCCCCCCAGCCUGGAGAGAGAACGCUGUGACGGUGGGCUUCCCGGGAACACGCACCUGCUGCCGCUCCGUGCCACGGACUUUGAGGUGCUCAGCACCAAGCUUGAGAUGCAAGACCUGUGCUUUCUGGGACCCUUUGAAGACCCCGUGGGUCUCCCCGGCCCCAGCUUCUUAGACUUCGAGGCCACGGCGAGCUCACAGGGGCCACAGAGCCGAAGGACAGAGGAGGCUGCAGGGGCAGGGAGGGCCCAAGGCAGAGGCCGGCCGGCCAAGGGCAAGCGGGCCUCCUACAAGUGCAAAGUGUGCUUCCAGCGCUUCCGCAGCCUGGGCGAGCUGGACCUGCACAAGCUGGCCCACACGCCCGCGCCGCCGCCCACCUGCUACAUGUGCGUGGAGCGCAGGUUUGGCUCGCGGGAGCUGCUGCGGGGGCACCUGCAGGAGAGGCACGCGCAGAGCAAGGCGGGGCCCUGGGCGUGCGGCAUGUGCCUGAAGGAGGUGGCCGACGUCUGGAUGUACAACGAGCACCUGCGUGAGCACGCGGUCCGCUUCGCCCGCAGGGGGCAGGCGCGGAGGUCCUUGGGGGACCUGCCCGGAGGCCUGGAGGGCAGCAGCGCUGUCGCCCACCUUCUGAACAGCAUCACGGAACCCGCGCCCAAACACCACAGGGGCAAGCGCUCCGCCGGCAAGGCCGCCGGGAGCCCGGGAGACCCGUGGGGGCAAGAGGGAGAAGCCAAGAAAGACAGCCCGGGCGAGAGGGCGAAACCCCGAGCACGCAGCACCCCCAGCAACCCAGACGGGGCCGCGACCCCAGACAGCGCCUCUGCCACCGCCCUGGCUGACGCCGGCAGCCCGGGCCCCCCCAGGACGACCCCCAGCCCGUCCCCCGACCCCUGGGCCGGCGGGGAGCCCCUCCUGCAAGCCACCCCGGUGCACGAGGCCUGCAAGGACCCCUCCCGCGACUGCCACCACUGCGGGAAGCGCUUCCCCAAGCCCUUCAAGCUGCAGCGCCACCUGGCGGUGCACAGCCCGCAGCGCGUCUACCUGUGCCCCCGGUGCCCCCGGGUCUACCCCGAGCACGGGGAGCUGCUGGCACACCUGGGCGGGGCGCACGGGCUGCUGGAGCGGCCGGAGCUGCAGCACACGCCGCUGUAUGCCUGCGAGCUCUGCGCCACGGUUAUGCGCAUCAUCAAGAAGUCCUUCGCCUGCAGCUCCUGCAACUACACCUUCGCCAAGAAGGAGCAGUUCGACCGCCACAUGAACAAGCACCUCAGGAGGGGGCGGCAGCCCUUCGCGUUCCGCGGCGUGCGGAGGCCCGGAGCGCUGGGACAGAAGGCCCGGGCCCUCGAGGGCACACUGCCCAGCAAACGGCGCAGGGUGGCCAUGCCCGGCAGUGCCCCUGGGGCCGGCGAGGACAGGCCUCCUCCCCGGGGAAGCAGCCCCAUCCUGAGUGAGGGCUCUCUCCCAGCCCUGCUCCACCUGUGUUCGGAGGUGGCUCCCAGCACCACCAAGGGAUGGCCCGAGACCCUAGAGAGGCCUGUAGACCCCGUGACCCACCCGAUCAGAGGUUGCGAGCUGCCAUCCAACCACCAGGAGUGUCCCCCGCCGUCUCUGUCUCCCUUCCCAGCUGCCUUGGCUGAUGGCAGAGGAGACUGUGCGCUGGACGGAGCCCUGGAGAGGCCAGAGAACGAGGCUUCCCCAGGCAGCCCCGGGCCUCUUCUCCAGCAAGCUCUCCCUCUGGGGGCAUCUCUGCCGCGGCCGGGAGCCAGAGGCCAAGAUGCGGAGGGAAAGAGGGCUCCUCUCGUGUUCUCAGGGAAACGCAGGGCCCCGGGUGCCCAUGGCAGGUGUGCCCCUGACCAUUUCCAGGAAGACCACACCCUACUUCAGAAAGAGAAGGAAGUGUCCUCAAGCCACAUGGUGUCUGAGGGGGGGCCCCGAGGCGCCUUCCACAAGGGCAGCGCCACCAAGCCUGCGGGCUGCCAGAGCUCAUCAAAGGACAGGUCGGCAGCAUCCACCCCCAGCAAAGCACUCAAGUUCCCAGUGCACCCAAGGAAGGCGGUGGGGAGCCUGGCACCCGGGGAGCUGGCCCGUGGCACAGAGAAUGGGAUGAAGCCCGCCACCCCCAAAGCCAAACCCGGCCCCAGCUCCCAGGGCAGUGGAAGCCCUCGCCCCGGCACCAAGACAGGAGGUGGCAGCCAGCCCCAGCCAGCCAGCGGGCAGCUCCAGAGCGAGACAGCCACCACCCCAGCCAAGCCCAGCUUCCCCAGCCGGAGCCCUGCACCAGAGAGGCUCCCCGCUCGAGCCCAAGCCAAGAGCUGCACCAAGGGGCCAAGGGAAGCUGGUGAGCAGGGGCCCCACGGGAGCCUAGGUCCCAAGGAGAAGGGAGAGAGCAGUACGAAGAGGAAAAAGGGCCAGGUCCCAGGGCCAGCCAGGAGUGAAAGUGUGGGGAGCUUCGGGAGAGCCCCCUCAGCCCCUGACAAGCCCCCCCGGACCCCUCGGAAGCAGGCAACUCCCAGCCGCGUGCUCCCGACCAAGCCCAAGCCCAACAGCCAGAACAAACCCAGGCCGCCACCAUCAGAGCAGCGGAAGGCAGAGCCGGGCCACACACACAGGAAGGACAGACUGGGCAAGGCCUUCCCCCAGGGGAGACCCCUGCUCAGGCCCCCCAAGAGGGGCACAGCUGUCCACGGUGCUGAACCUGCCGAGCCGCACACCCACCGGACGGCCGAGGCCCAGAGUGACCUCCUCAGCCAGCUCUUCGGGCAGAGACUAACUGGCUUCAAAAUCCCUUUAAAGAAAGAUGCUUCUGAGUAAUUUCUAGGAGCAAGAGCCUGGGAGCGGAGCUGGGCAUUCCUGUCUAGGCCUGCCUCCUUGGCCAGCUCCAGCUCCCUGAGAUGGUCCACUCUGUGGCCACUUGACUUCUUGUGCAACUGCUCAGGCCUUGAUGUCAGAGCUAAGGUGGUGAUGCUUUGAACAGGGCCCAGGUGGGCAGCAUUCCCUUUCUUGCUGGAAGGCUGGGGGUGAAAGACCGGGCCACUGCAGCCCUUUUGAGACCACACAGCUGUUUUCUUGGUACCAAGUACUUGAAGAGACAGCAGCCCAUCCCCUCAGCCCACACCCCUGCGCCCUGUGGGCACCGACACCACAGAAGCCAAUGUUUGGAGAUUUGCACAACUUCCCGUUCCCCCACAUGGAGAAGGGAAGUAAGUUGAGGCAGCCAUGGGAUGGUGGUAGUUUCCCUCUUAGUCUUGCUGCUGUUGCUGGAAUUCCAAAGUGACCUUAGAAACCACGUGGGGGAAGGCGGUGCUCACUACUUAGAAGGGUUGCUUCUGAGCCGCCUGGUCCCCCAAGAGCACAACAGGCCUCCUCCCUGUGACCACAGGGUCAUGCCUCCUCCCUCUGACCACAGGGUCAUGCCAGCCUCCAUUUGCGCUGCGGGAGAAAAGCCCAUCUCUAGCACACCUUGACCCCAGGAACCGGGUUCCCGUAUGGAACUGGGAAGAAACCGCCCCUGUGCCAGCUCCCGCGGGCCCUCCUCGUUCCCCCCCAGCCUCCAUGGCCGCCCUCUAGAGCCUCCCUGCUGUACGGAGCUCUGGGCUCCACCUAUUUGCAAUGUUACUCUGAAGUUUCUGGUGCUAUUUUUGUGUUGUAAUGUGAA